AUGUCUCGGUUUCUGUUUCGGCGAAGCAAGCAUGCACAGCAGGUCAAGAAGGCCGGGGGUGGGGAGGCUGCCCAGCCGUCCAUCCGGGAUGUCAACUACCAGCACCUCAAACAGUUUCGCGCAGAGCAAGGAAUGCGGGGUCAGACGGAGUAUUUUGUGGACUGGGGAGAAGCUCGCCAACGCUCCGAGGCACAGAGGGACGAUUUCUUGCAAAUGAGGGGACCGGAUGGGUCCUGGCAGGAUGUGCGUGUUGUGCUUCAUUCCACACACCUCUCCAUCCUCCGCCUCGCCACAGAACAACAGCAGGAUCAUAUUCAGCGCGCACACCGGCGACUGGAGAAGCCCCGUGAAGUGGUGAUCCACAAGUCGCCUGGCGAGACGCUGGGCAUGUCCAUCAAAGGCGGGAAGGAGCAUCGCUUGCCGAUUCUCCUCAGUCAAAUCAGGGAAGGCGGUCCCGUGGAUUUCUCCAAGGCCUGCUUCGUUGGCGACGAGAUCCUUGAAGUGAACGGGGUGUCCAUCAGGCAUGUCACACAGGAUGAAGCCAUUGACAUCAUCCAGGCAACAUAUCCACUCAGUGAAGUUCGCCUUGUGCUUCGCUUCUACCUCGCAGCGCACCACCAGCUGGUGAGCGACUACUUGCGCGCACCGGACACAUCCCCUGCUCUUUACCGCCAGCAGAAAUGGCAGCAGGUGAUGGCCAUCCCACUGGAAUAUUGCUCCGUCUCCUAUUUUCAAGGACACACAGCACACCGAAGGGAGCAAGAGUCGUUUCUCGUGCAAGCUGCGCUGGACGUGAACAAACGAGCUGUUCUCCGCCCACCGUUUGGACGGGUGGAGAAAAUGCAGGAGUGGGUUCGCGCCAUCCGCGCUGCUCGAGACAACCUCCCUUGCCAACAGAUGGCCAAGGCAGAUCCUCCACUUGACUUUACCGGCCGCGUCGUGCACAUUGGCCGCGUGCACGAACGAUUGACGGACGGGACGUGGCGUGACUUGUUUCUGGUGCUGACAGAUCACGACAUUGCGCUGCACACGUCACCACCGACACAGCCGUCUGAUCUCGACCAUCCGCGCUGGGGCGGUUUCCCGCUGCUGGCCACACGACUCGUCAAGGGCACGCGCAAACCGACGGCAGACGACCCGCUCGAUGCCCGGGAGUUGGAGCAGGGGUGCUUCAUGUUGAAGGUGUGCGGUGGGCUGUCGUUCUACCUCAGCGCGGGCUCGCCAGAGAUGGCGCUGCGUCUGCGCGUCAUGAUUGAGAAGCGAACUGAUGCAGCUGUGCGGACAGCUGGUGCCAUCACGUACUCGGCCCGCCACGAAUGGGACGUUGCUCUCACCGUCAACUGGCAGACGGGUCUCUGGCUCAACAACGACCUGCCUGGCGACAAAUCACUGAUUUGGCACCAUCCAUUUGCGCAUCUGCGCACUGUGGAAGUGCGCAACGCAAACACGCUUCGCUUCCGCUUUGCAGAAACCACUGCUGCUAUCCUUGUGGACAACCCGGAGUUGGUCAAGUUUGUCAUCACCACGUUUAUGGCAUGUCACCUUCGCUCUCGUGAAGAGACGCAAGUCCUCAGCGUCGCUUAA